UCCCGCCCACUGAUCCUCCGGUCCGCAGUCCCUGGCGAGACCUCCGCAGGCGAGAGUGCAGGACAGUCCCGCCGUCGGGAGAAGGCAAGUUGGGGGCGGGGCUCCAGUGGCUAAAUCCCGCCGUGGAGCCGCGCAGCCAGCGCGCCGCUGUUUUCCCGGUCUGCAGCGUGUACAGUGAUAUCCUGAAAGAAGAUGGGAAAGGGCUGCAAGGUUGUGGUUUGUGGCUUCUUAUCUGUGGGGAAAACAGCGAUUUUGGAGCAGCUCCUUUAUGGGAAUCAUACUAUUGGAAUGGAAGAUUGUGAAACAAUGGAAGAUGUGUAUAUGGCUUCAGUGGAAACGGAUCGGGGAGUAAAGGAACAGUUACAUCUUUAUGACACCAGAGGCCUGCAGGAAGGGGUGGAACUGCCCAAGCAUUAUUUUUCAUUUGCCGAUGGCUUUGUUCUCGUAUACAGUGUGAACAAUCUUGAAUCCUUUCAAAGAGUGGAGCUUCUGAAGAAAGAAAUUGAUAAGUUCAAAGACAAAAAAGAGGUAGCAAUUGUCGUAUUAGGAAACAAAAUCGACCUUUCUGAGCAGAGACAAGUAGACGCUGAAGUGGCACAGCAAUGGGCAAAAAGUGAGAAAGUGCGACUGUGGGAGGUAACGGUUACAGAUCGGAAAACUUUGAUUGAACCAUUUACUCUGUUAGCCAGCAAACUUUCCCAGCCCCAGAGCAAAUCAAGCUUUCCUUUGCCUGGGAGGAAAAACAAAGGGAACUCUAGCUCUGAGAACUAAAAAUCAAUGCCACAAUUGUUUGCUGAAUAGUGAUUGCCUUUAAGUGUCUGUGUACAUAUUUAAAAUAUGCCAAUUGUAGCUACCUUUGGUCCUUUGGAAAUCCCCAAGGAAGUAAUUAAUGCACUUUAGGUUUUAAAUUAUUUGGGCUAAGUUUAUAAUUGCCUGAUAUAAAAUAUUUGCAUUCUGGUUGCUUGAAACAUGUCCCUGAUAUUAGCGCCAUUGUUAUUUAUACUUUAACCUAUGAGUAGCAAUGCCCCCCCCAACCUGUUUCAGAAGCUAUCAUUCUAUAUAACUUUAAACACUCUUAGCUCAAACAUAACUUUGUUUUUUUAAAAAUUCACUAAUCAUUUAAUGCCUAGGAUUAUAAAGUAGCAUUUUUUUUGGUGUCCAAAUCAGAUCACAAACAGUAAACAAUUUGGGUACUAAGUGAUCUAAAUUUUAUCUGGUGGAGAUCUUGCUAAAGAGAACAAAACUUAUGAUUUAGCUUUGUUCAAAUUAUAUGUUUAGCAUGACUUGAGGUAGUAGGUGGUAUAAAUACAUUCAUUCAAACUAUUUCUCCCUUCUUUAGAAAACUGCUAGGCAUGUAAGGACAGAAUACUAUACCUUCUGGAAUAGUUUUCUGUAUAUGUAGUCUUGUGGAAUAAAACAUUUCAUAAAAAUAUGGGAGUGCAGGUAGUCUUCAAGUUAGAUAUAUCUCUGAAUUCUGGCAAGAUCUGAGCAGUGGGGCUCAUUGUAUUUAGCAAAUUGACAAUAUUUUAACUAAUUGUAAUAAGCAAGCUACUCAGUGGGUUCAAUGUGAAAGCAGUUAACUAUUUGAUUACAUUUAACUAUUGAAGUAUAAAAUAUGAUAUACACUGUUGAGCAAAGAAAUGUAAAAACAUCUAGUAAAUUUUAACAUCUUAAAAUGGAAUACUUUGAAGGCUAGCUUCAUGAAAUAAGCUCAGUUGGCUCCGCUCAGUGAGUUCCAGCCAAGAACUACAUAUAAAAGAUAUAAAACUUAUAAAUCAGCUAGUGCUGCUACCCUAUAAUUCUUUAAAAUGUCUCAUCACAUUUUUUUGGUCAAAAAUUAUCACUCAGAUAUGGUUACUUUAAGUCAUUCCCUGCCUUCUCUCCCAGUUACUGAGUGUUUGAUCUUCUAGCCUUUUUCUUAUGUAAUUUACAUAGAUGGAUAAAUACUUUUACUAUUUUAAAAUAUACUAGAUAUUCUGCAGUUUGCUUUUUUCUACUAACUCAGAUCUAUGUUAGCAUGCAUAUAGUUACCAUAUUAUUUUUAAAUGCUCAAUGAAUUUGUUAUGCACCUUCACCCUGUGCACCUGGGUGAGUUUCUCUGGCAUAGAUACAAAGAAAUAGAAUUGCUGCCUCCUAGAGAGAGUUAGUAUCGCUAUGUUAGAGAGCAAUUUGGCAGUACCCAAUUUAUCCAUCAGAGAACCCAUUUCUCAGGUACUUGCCACCACAGCAUCUGCACUUUAGAAAUGCUUUUAAAAAGAUGCAAUUGGGUUCAUCUUUGAAAGGUGAUGGGUUAUAUUAUCUAACCUUUUCUAAGCUACUUCGAAAAUCUAUCCUGCAAGGCUGUUGUGUAAAUUAGAGUAACAUACUAAUCCUAACAUAGAUGCUUUGAUACAUGAUACCAAUUCAUUGUCUGCAGUUACUUCUAGGUUGCUUCUUUAGUAGCAAAGAUCAUUCAAGUUUAAAUAAAAGAAAGAAUCUGCAUACUGCAAACAAAGGCAAAAGAAAGUAAAUGAAUACAGCAGUGUUAGGUGGUUGUUUUAAUAUUUUUAUUAGCACAGUAACAAAUGCAGACUUAAGUAGUCCACGACAUAUAACCAAUCCACUGAGCAACUCCUAGUCACGCCUUACAGUUAACUGCUUAAGGUAUUUCACUACAGGUUUUCACGAGUCCUGAUUCAAACCUCUAAUCUUUUCACAAUAAAGUAGAUUGGCAUAUAAAAUAAAAUACAUAACUACUAAUUUCCUAUAUGGUGUCUUAUAGUCACGUGCCCAUUUGAUAUAUAUGAGAUGACAAUCUCUAAAAACUGUUGAAUAUCAAUGUUUCCUUCCAAGAAGGGAAAACAAGUUCCAAUUUUUUAAACAAAAAAAAGGAUGUAGUCUUGGAAGGCCUUCACAUAAAUGGCCAUGUGUGUAACCUGUACAAAAUUAAGCUGUUUUCAAUUUACAGACUACAAGCAACUGAACCCAAAUGUCUACUCUUCUCUGUACUACAUUUCAGCUAAUAUUGCAGAACUAAUGACAAUUUAAAAUGUUGCUAUUACCAAUUCUGUCUACUGUAGCAAGAUACCUUAAGUUACAACAAAAUCUUAGGAAAUAAGACUGAAUAAUAUCUGUUAUAGAAAUACCCUACUCUUUACCAACUCCCACCCUCCCCCACCCCUUCAAAAUCAUAAGCAGCUCUCUCUGUGACAGACAAAUAAUGUAAGAAUUGUGAAAACCCAAUUUAUGUAGCGUAUCUCUUGGUCCACUGUCUGGCCAUUCUGUCAUGUUCUGCUCUGUUGGUCAUGUACUGAGUGGCAAUACUUCCCACCAAGGG